AUGGGCAUAAUUAUGGAGCCACCCCGAGCAUGUGAGACAGUGCAAGUACAUGCAUCUACAGUAACAGCUGCACUUUUUAAUGAGUUAAAACAAGUCAUAAUGAGAUACACGACUGCUUCUUCAACCAUUACUUGCAAUAAUCUAACACGUGAAUCACUUGAAAACGGAUUUAUUACUCUUCAAUGCUGGCAACCGGAUUGCGUUGCUACCUAUCAAUGCCGUGAGGGAUACGAGAUUGUCGGAAACUCCAACAGGACAUGUGAACUGAAUGGAAAAUGGUCUGGCUCAACUCCCUUUUGUCGCAAGUCUGUUUUCUGUGAUGACCUGAUACACGAACUUGUUACUGAAGACACAUUUAUCUGCAAAGCACGAUGUAGAGAAGUAGAUUGUCUUGCCUUGUGCAGCUGCAAAGUGGGAUACGAGUUAAUCGGAAAUUCCUACAUAAGAUGUCAGGCAAAUGGAAAGUGGUCAGAAUCAACUUUCUCUUGCAGCAAAAAAACCUGCAUACCGUUAAUCGAUCCAAAGAAUGGCUAUGUCAACGUUUCUAGUCGAAAUUAUGAUUACGGAUCCGAGGCAAAUUAUACUUGCAACCAUGGCUUUACCUUGAUUUAUGGAAAUAGUAGUAGAAAAUGUCAAAGCUACGGACAGUGGAGCGGAUUUCAACCAAUUUGUAAACACGUGUGCGCAUUUGUCAAUUUGACAAAUACAACGUCAACUUGCAGCGUUGACAGCAAUGGAAAGGCUGUCAAAGCCUGUCUAGAAGCAAUUCAGUGCCAUUCCCGGAUGAGCCCAGUUUGUGGCACUGAUGCAAGAACGUAUCAAAACAAGUGUCUUUUGAAAGUUGCAGCGUGCGAUAAAUCGAUAGACAUUAAAGUAGCGGCACAAGACAGCUGCCGAUACGGAGGAAUUUGCACUCAGAGAAAACCUGCUCCCAGAGAUGGUGUCACUUGCAGACAAACGACUCUUCGCUACUGGUAUAAUAGCGACACGGGAGACUGCGAAAGUUAUUCUGCUGGUCAUUGCUUCAAUGGUCAUAAUAGCUUCUACACAAUCGGAGACUGCCAAGAAAAAUGUGUUAAUCAUGAUGUCUGUCGUCUUCCUCGCGAUCUUGGUAAAUGCCAAAACAACAGCACCCGACACUUCUACAAUCAGACAUCUAACACAUGUGAAGAAUUUUCUUACGGUGGUUGCUCAGGCAACGAAAACAACUUUAUAGAUAAGUUUGUCUGCAAGAAUAAGUGUUGUAUUUGCAAUUCUUUGAUAUCCAAAUCUCAAGCUCAAAAGAAAAGACAAGCCAUUCUUCUAUUGUACAUCAACUCUGCCAAAUUGGAUAAACGUAGCAAACCAUUCUACAAAGGAAAAGUGAUGAAAGUUUGCAAAGCCAAAGACGGUCGACCAUCUCAAGUGGUGAAGGGAGAUAUAAUAUCUUUGAUAUUAAAUAAGACGAACGGCGGUUGCUUGUGCCCGAAGCUGACGACGGGUUCAACUUACAGACUCAGUGUAGACGCAACAGAAAAGAAGCCGAACAAUUUGUGGGAUAUGACUGUGCCUGAAAACUACCAUCUUAAGGAGAUCAGUAAAUGCUAGCUUGACUAGUUUUUCUCACAUAAACUGAUUUUGGAAGUUAGAUGAAUACAUGUUUGCAGUAAGUUCGUACAAUGACGGCAUUCUGGACUUGUCAUUAUGAUCAAUUCUAGAGUCGCUACUUCUUUCUAUACCUAAUUAACGCAAGUCCCACCAGCUUGCCAAUAUUAAUAUCGAUAGG